UUCCUAUUCUAUUUUUUUCGACGAGGAACCGCGUCUCCGCCGGGGUAGUCCCGCCCCCUCCCACGCCCUUCUUGCCCGGAGGUGUAGUUUCGUCAGUCCAGCCUCCACAGGGCGACGAGGACAAAGGAUGCGAGUGCGUAUAAAAGGGGAAAGCAGGGCACAGAAGACGAUCACAGAACGCUCAUCUCCUGCAGCCUCCUUCGGCUCCUUCGUCAGCUGACUUCUCAUCAUGGAUUCCAAGAUGUCCAUCAUUCUAAUGGCAGUAAUGGGAGUUGCACUUGCCUACCCAUCUGCCCCCUAUGCGUCCCAUUAUCAACCAAAGCCCUUAAUGCCUUAUGCCUUCGAGUAUGGCGUGGCCGACUACAGGGGCAACAAUUUCAACCGCAAGGAACACUCCGACGGGCAGAAGGUUCAGGGUUCUUACUCUGUCAACCUCCCCGACGGCCGUGUGCAGACCGUAAACUACCAUGCCGACGGACAGCACGGUUUUGUCGCUGACGUGCAGUACACCGGCCAGGCGCACAACCCACCCUCACCCGUGCACGGUUCCUCCGGUUCGUACAGUUCUCACAAGUACUGAGCUACCAAACCUGAAACUCCUGAUAGCUCUACAUGCUUGUUAUUCAUGUAGGUUUCGUAUGUUUGGAAAUAAAAUGUAAACGCAUUU